AUGAAGGAGGAUUUGAACUCGCCAUAUAUCCCGUCGGGACGGAGAAAUAAGCCCGAUGCGGUGGCUCCAAAUGCCAGGCUCGAGGCAGCUCAAGGGUGGAAGACAAUGAUUGACAGCGCCAAGGCGUUUUGUCGGGGAGAAGACGACGACGUGGAUCACACGGGACAGUACAGGUCGUUUGCGGCCUUGAUCAUUGGGACUCAAGGACUGACCGGUGUCGCGAGUCCUGAACUCGCUAGGGUUGCGCCUGCGUCGGGCAAGGAAGCCGAGACGAACAAGGGGAUGCGGAAAUUGUCCGAGUACAGCAAUCCUCGGGAUCACUAUACCAACACUGUCAAGGAGAUCAGCGACGACUUGAUACACGACGCGCAAGAGGAUGGAGCAAAGAUGACCAAGAAGCUACGUGCAAAGAUCACCCAAAAGGCUAUCCAGCAGGCGGAUGCUCAAGUGGGCGACAAGCCGAUGCGAGGAAAGCGGCGGCAGAAGGAGAUUCGUAUCUCGAGGCACCCGGCUGAGCUGGUACAGAGGCAGGACUUUAUCGUCAAUCUGGCCAAGGCCCUGAUCAAUUUCGGAGCACCCACGCACAGCGUCGAAAGCUGGCUGGAAGCGACGUCUGACGUGCUCGGUGUACAAUCCUCGUUCCUCUACCUGCCGGCCAUCCUCAUCCUCGCUUUCCGGGACGAUGAUGCAAGAUCAUCCGAUGUUCUGCUGCUUCGACCAGCCGGCGCACUCGAUCUUUACCGGCUAAGUCUGGUUCACAAGGUAUACCGGCUCGUCGUGCACGACGUAAUCUCGGUCAACAGCGGGGCGCGGGCAUUGAGGAGAAUCAUCAAGGAGAGCCGAUCUUAUCACUGGACUGUUCUAAUGACGGCCGGUUUCUUCAUUUCAACGUGUGGAUCGAUGGUGGCAUUCAACGGCAGUUUUGUGGACGGACUCGCAUCGGGCGCUGUUGGUCUCAUCCUAAACGGAGUCCUGAUCGGUUUACUCAGCCGACACAAGGUUAUGAGCAACAUCUUCGAACUCACCGCCGCUGGCUUGAUUGCCUUUGUCGCUCGAGGAUUGGGUGCCACCGGGUAUUUCUGUUACGCCAGCAUCGUCUCAUCGGCCAUCAUCAUCAUCUUGCCCGGUUGGGCGAUUUGCCUGGGUGCACUCGAGCUGGGUUCGCGGAACGUCGCAGCAGGAGCUAUCCGGAUCGUUUUCGCCAUCGUCUUCACCUUGUUCCUGUCAUUUGCCAUCUCGAUCGGGACUGAAAUUAUGGACUCGAUCGGGGUCAUGCAACCGAUGACGAGUCCUUCGGCAAGCGAUGGAACCUUGCUCAGCAACUGGAGCCUCUUUCUUACCGUACCUACGUUCGCGGUGGCGCUAGCCAUGUGGUUCAAGCAAGAUUGGAAGAGUCGGGACAUGCUUGUUAGCACAGGCGUAGCGAGUGCCGGGUUCUUGGUGAAUUAUUGGGUCAAGCCGCAAUUGCCGGAACGAAGCGAUAUUUCCUCGGCUGUGCAAGCAUUCACCGUUGGAAUACUGGGGAAUAUGUAUAGCCGGAUUGCUCGUGGUAGCGCUUUUCCUUCGAUGGUGGUCGGCAUCCUCCUAGCCGUUCCCAACGCAGUCGCAGCAGCAGGGGGUCUGGCACAGUCAAGUGACCAAGGGCAAGACAACGGGACGAGCCAGGCUGAGCUAAGCAAUACUGUCAUCAUCGCCAUCCGAAUGGCUGACGUUGUCUUCUCCUCGUUGAUGGACGCUUAUACAAUCAGGGUGCAAACAGCCAUCGGACUUGCCAUAGGCCUGUUCGCUGCGGCGGUGGUAAUCUAUCCAUUCGGGAAGAGAGGGUACAUUUUCGCCUUCUAA